UCCUGAUUUGACAGCUCGGGAAACUGCAGGGAAUCUACGCAGCAGUACGGCGAGACCGAAAGCGAGACGCAGUUUUGAAGGGACGAAGGUACGCCGCGGUGGCAACGCCAAACCACGGUGACCGGGCGCUGUUGAAGAAGGAACGGGGGAGCUGACAUUCGGUUCCCCCUCUAUGUCGUGUGAGGUAUCGGGGGGCCCGUCAGUCAUGGAGAUCACAGAGGCAGAGGCCGGGGAACGCAGGCGGGAGCACUGGAAGCUGUUGUCCAAUCUGAAGACCACGGUUGAGGGGCUGCUGUCCACCAACAAUCCCAACGUGUGGUCCCGCUACGGGGGCCUCCAGCGCCUCCACAAAGACAUGAACAACAUCCUGAGCCACGGCCUGAAGCACGAGCAGGUGUUUUGUAAACAGAAGGACUACUGGCCCUUUGUGUGGUGUGUGCGCUACAUCAGCCCCCAGCUGGCGCCCCAUGUGGAACAGUUCAACAAGCUGGAGCCAGUGGUCUGCGGUGGGGCCCAGACUGUGGGCGAGGGGUACAAGGCUGAGCGCUGGCUGCUGCACAGUCUGCAGGUCCACUGUCUGUCCAUCCAGCUCAGGCCCCUGCUGAGACAGCAGGCGCAUGUGCAAAAAUACUACAAUGAUGAGGCGUUUGUUCUCAGCGAACCCCAUGUGACGGCCAUGUUCCAGUGCCUGGAGGCUGUGGAGCAAAACAACCCGAGGCUGCUGGCCCUUGUGGACACGGUCAAGCUGUCCCACCUGAAGGAGCAUCCUUUGGGCCUGCUGAAGAGCCAGAGCCUGUGUGUGCUUCCGGGGGCAGGGUGCGGCGGGAUGGGCCAGCACAUCACCCUGCCCCGUCGGCUCACCACCUCCCAGACCUCCCUCAGGGAGCGCCACGCAGGCAGCUCCCUUGGAGCCCCCUGGGUGUGUGGAGCCAGUGAACAGGGUUCGGCAGACUCCAAUGGCUCCACGGGGGUCCGCCAGAACCAGCUGUCAGAGCCGUCAUCCCUGGUGCAGGGGAACGGGGUGGACUCGGGCGACGGCGAUUUCGACGACGGGCCCGAGUACCUGGCCAUCGGGAACCUGGGGCAGAGGCGCCGCCGCGACUCGUGCAACUCCACGGGCAGCGAGCCGAAGGAUGGGCCCGUGGCCAGGCAGGUCUCUCUGGCUCCGCCCACGCCCCGCCGCUCUUCUUUCUCUGAGGGCCAGGGUGGGUCCGGCCGGGGCUGCAGGGGCCACACCCGGUCGUUGUCUGACACGGGCAUCGCACAGAAGCACAGCCAAGGAGCGAGACACAGGAACAUCACCGUUAUAAUAGAGGAUCCUGUCGCAGAGUCCGUCGGUGACACGUAUAGAGCGAAGGAUUGUGGGGCUUUCUCCCCCCUGAGCAGUGACACCAGCACCACCAGCUCGCUGUACAUGGAGUCGGAUGGUUGCCGGAGCAGCGUGUCUGACGGCAUGUUCCGCCGGCCCUCGGAGGGUCAGAGCCUCAUCAGCUACCUCUCGGAGCAGGACUUUGGCAGCUGUGCGGAUCUGGAGAAGGAGAACGCGCACUUCAGCAUCUCGGAGUCGCUGAUCGCCGCCAUCGAGCUGAUGAAGUGCAACAUGCGCCGGCGGGAGGAGGAGGAGGACGAGGACAGCGACUGCGAGAUCCAGCAGCUGAAGCAGAAGAUUCGUCUGCGCAGACAGCAGAUCCGCAGCAGCCGGCUGCAGCCCGGAGCCCCGUCGCAGCGUGCUUUCCAUUCCACAGACAGUGGUGGGUCCGGGCGAAGCUCCCAGAAUUCCCUGCACCUGUCGGACUCAGGCUCAGCGGAAGAGGUGGAGGAGUGCGAGCUGAAAGAUGACAGUGAGGGGGGGUCCCUGAUGGUGAUGUCUCGGAACGGACUGUCUCUGUCACUCGCCUCCCUUUUCUCAGAUGCAGAUAUCAAACGCAGUGUCACGUGCUCCAGCAGCACCCGGUCGUUCCUGAGCUCAGAGUCAAUCUCCCACUCUUUCCUGCAGUCGAACUCGGCCGAGUCAGUGGCCAUGGGGCUGCUGAGGCAGUUUGAGGGCAUGCAGCUACCUGCUGCCUCAGAGCUCGACUGGCUGGUCCCGGAGCACGACGCACCUCAGAAGCUUCUGCCCAUCCCAGAUUCUCUGCCCAUCUCCCCUGACGACGGUGAGCACGCGGACAUCUAUAAGCUGCGGAUUCGGGUGCGAGGGAACCUGGAGUGGGCACCGCCACGGCCUCAGAUCAUCUUCAACAUCCACCCCGCACCUAAGAGGAAGGUGAUAGUGGCCAAGCAGAAUUAUCGGUGUGCUGGCUGUGGGAUCCGGAUUGACCCAGACUACAUAAAGAGACUGCGGUACUGCGAGUACCUCGGCCGCUACUUCUGCCAGUGCUGCCAUGAGAACGCCCAGGCCGUGGUGCCCGGCCGCGUACUGAGGAAGUGGGACUUCGGCAAGUACCCGGUCAGCAACUUCGCCAGAGACCUGCUGGGCAAGAUCGCCGGAGACCCCCUCUUCAACCUCAAUGACAUCAACAGCGGCCUCUACAGGAAGGUCAAGGCGCUGGAGACUGUGCGGGUCCUGAGGGUGCAGUUAUUCCAUAUGAAAAAUCUGUUCAAGACUUGCCGCCUAGCUAAUGAGGUGCUGGAUCAGUUUGACAGCGUCCCAGGUCACCUGACUGAGGACUUGCACCUCUUCUCCCUGAACGACCUUGGUGCGGUACGGCGUGGCGAACUGGCCCCCCGGCUACGAGAGCUGCUACGCUCUGGUUCUGUGCAUGUUGACAGCUGCAUGCUCUGCCAGGCAAAGGGAUUUGUGUGCGAGUUCUGUGGAAAUGACAAAGACAUCAUCUUCCCCUUCGAGCUGAACAAGUGCCAGCGUUGUGAAGACUGUAAGGCGUGCUAUCAUCGAACCUGCUUCAAAGGAGGGAAGGAGUGUCCGCGCUGCCAGAGGCUGGCGGAGAGGAGAGAGAGGCUGGCCCGGAAGAACAUGGAGGAGCAGGAGGACGAGGGGGAGGAUGAAGGAGGAGGGAGCACAUAGGGAAGGAGAGAGGGAGAGAAGGGAGGGUCUGCACUAUACGACAGUGAUUGUAGUAACUGAAACCCUCCUAGCCUACAGCCCUGUCCGUUUCUCUCCAACACUGGACACCUGAAAGUCUACCCACUUGCUCUAAAGCGUGCUUUAGGAAUUUGAUGGCUUCAAGGGCUUAAGGUGCUUGUGGUAGAAAUAUUACUUGCUGUCAUAAGGAAUAGCUGCUUGCUUUCAGUAUGCCAAAUUUCAGAAGAUAAAUAUUUAAAUAAAUUUAGAUACAUCUAUUUAGAUCUAUAUUUGUGUUUGUGAAUGCUUUACUGAUCUGGUGCAGUGUGAGUUAUUUUAUGCUAUUAUGUCUCCAGCUUGGCACCAUUUAAUUGGUAUACUGGUCUGGACACAUUACUCAUAAGCAGGAUGUAAAAAAUGUGGCUAAUUAAAAAAAACUGAGACAAUUGGUUCUCCUUUUAAGAUGCUUACGUGAUGUAAUAUUGCUACCUCAAGCCCCACGCAAGCCCUUUUUUAGCCUGCUAAUGAGUCUCUCAUUCUUCCAGCCUGGCACUUUUUGGAGUUUAGAGGAGUGGGAAGAGGGAGGAGAGGCUAUAUUGAACCAUGUGUCAGGAUCACCCAAGACAAAACGGUGACCGUACGAGUUUGGCCAAGAUAUGCAGGCCGGCAGAGAGAGAGAGUGUGUGUGCGUGUGAGAGAAGGACAGAGUGCGUGUGUGUAAGAGAGAAAGAAAUAUAAUUAUAGAGACUUUGGGAGAUUCUCUGCCUGUUUUGCCUUUGAGUCUGCUGGAGAGUGUUGGCGGUGGAAUGUUUUGCACAAGCCUACGUGUGCACUUUUGUUUCUGUUUGUUUCUCUAUUUUUGUCAGAAAAAGUUAUGUUGCUUAUUUAUUUUCAUUGCACAGGUUUGUUAAAGCUCCAUGAGUUAGGGAGGGUAGCAUGGUCCAUGCGCUCUCAUGCAGAGGGUCGUUCUGUUGGUGACUGUUGAUGCAUUUUGUUUUGUUGAUGUUGGGAAACGUUAUCAGUGUUUGCUACUGGUCCCGAUAGGGACUGAGCGUUCGUCAAACCGUCUGAGGUUCUUUUGCCUUUCAUUAUAACUUCGUCUAAUCCCAUUACUUAAAAUGUCAUUCCCACCAUGUGUUCUAGUGGACACUUUUGUAAAUGGAAUUUUGCCCUUUUAACUGACAGUGUCUGGCUGCUGUGUGUAUGAUUUUUUUAUACGUCAGAAGCCCCUGAGAGACAGUUGAUUCACAUAAUGACCGCAAAUGAAAGAAAACCAAGAGUAGGUCUGGACAAGAUUUUCAUUGAUGAGACUGUCUUUUUCCAAAUCGUUACCUUUAAAGCACAAAUGUUACUGUCACUGUUAGCCUUUUUAAUAGAGUGUGUGCUGGAUAGGACCACAUCACUGAUUCCAGUGCAGUGCAGUUGGAUUGAUUGUUUUUAAUGUUCCUAAGGGGGUUUUGAUUGUGAAAUGGAGAGAGAGUUGGUGUGGUGUGUAGGGUGCCAUUGAAGCAGUAUGGUAUUUUGGUGUGAGUGUGUGUGUGUGUG